UCAACAAAACACAACUUUCAGCUGUUUGCAGCAGCGUCCACCGGGCGUCAUGGCGGCGACCAUGAAGCGCCCUCGCAAAUGCGUAGCCCCGCGCACCGCCCGCCUUCGCCAGAACCUCAACAGCAUCAUGCUGUGGCUGCCGCCGAAAGUUUGCGAGAGGUCGUCGCCGUCCGGCGGGCGUCGUGCCAUUUUGAGCCGCUCGUUAGCAAGGGCGUCACACCUGUGCAUCUCAUCUUUGCCCUUCGUCGCCGCAUAGACGAUGUCGACGAGGCGUCGUCGCAAGUGCACCAGCUCCGCGCGCUUCUCUUGUUCCUGCUGGGCUGCAUCGAGCUUGCGGUUGAUCCUCUCGCGACUCUCGGAUUCAAUCGGGCGGCCUGUCAU